AUGUCCGCCAUGAACAUAACCAACACCGCUAUUUUGCUCGCGCCUGACGACGGUGGGCGCUGGAUCCUCAGGACCUACGCCAUGAAGAAAUAUAACCUGGCUGCGAGCGACCUCGACUCUAUCCUGCCCAGAUCCAGCGAACCAAACCGCUACGGAAGUCGUUGGACCGAACUCAAGUACAAUGAGAGCGACGUCGUAGAACUAGCAGCGCGCCUAAAUGCGGUUCUUUUCACCGGCAACGCGCCAUUGGCGAUGACAGUUGGUCCGGAGAUAGCGAGACUUGACGCUAUGAUACAAUAUAAAAUCACGAACUGUCAGAUGGAUAGAAUCCAGCCCGUUAGGAUCGAAGUGGACCCGGACCCUAACAGCUCUACGGGCUUCAUCAAGUACUACAACCAAAGUGACGUAGUGGCCCUUUCCAAUCAAAUUUGGAAUGCCGCCACUCAUCCGACUUGUCAUGGACAACCCAUUCCAUUCGACCCCUUCGCCUCGCCCAGUGACGAUGUCGACAUGGAAUUUUGA